ACGAGAUUGUGAAAUAAUAUUAUGUAAUAAUAUUGUGUAGGAGAAGUGAAAAAUUCGGAAAAUGAAAUGGAAUACUUACAAAUUAACAGCCUAAUAUAACAAAAUUGUCGUGUAUUAAAUUGACUGCUGGUGAAAUUUACGAUGGCAGAUGAGUUUCCGUCCCUAGAUUCAUCCCUUGAGGAAGAUAUUCGUCACGCCAGAAACUUAGGGGAAAACCAAGUGAAAGCUGAAAAACCUGAUGUUAUAGACUUCCUUCCCGCAUCAAGUAUUCUCGUUGAUGAAGAACAAGAAGCUAAUAAUUCAAACACUUUAACAAAAAUCGAAGAAGAAAAAUCGGACCGGGAGCUUACACCGGUACCUGAGGUUCUUCUUGAGUGCGCUGAAAAUGGAAUGGUUGAUCACGUAGAGAGAAUAUUAGAUCAAGACCCAUCUCUUAUUAACUGUAGGGAUAGCGACGGUUACUCGCCGCUUCACAGAGCUUGUUACAAUGGACAUUUGGACGUGGUUAAAGUUUUCUUGCAAAGAGGAGCUGAUGUUCAGGCUAGAACAGAGGAUGGAUGGCAACCAUUGCACUGUGCAUGCAGAUGGGGGAAGACUAAGGUGGCAUCUUUACUUUUGCAAAAUGGUGCUGAUAUAAAUUCACAAACCAACGGCAAGCAGACACCCCUUCAUUUUGCAGCAAGUGGGGUUGGUGGAACCUCAACAUUGCAAUUGCUGCUGUGCAACAGAUGGCUGGAUGCCAGCCUCCUAAACAUGCAGAAUGAAACAGCACUAGAUAUAGCUAGACGAAGUGGAAAUCACUAUAAACUGUUUGAAAUUGUUGAAGAUUGUAUCAAUGUUAAAUAAUAAUACAAUACUUUGAUAAGUAAAUUAAUUAUAGUACAUUGACUUAUGUUCAUCAAAGAGUACUUGUAAAA